UUCCGUGCCUUGUGAUUCAUGCUGCGAUGUUUGCACUUGCUUUCUUUGUUGACUGUCACGACCGCUCUUAAGUUCGACCUUCCUUCAGGAAAAGUCAAGUGCUUCAGUGAGGAUCUCCCUUCCAAUACACUUGUGACUGGAGACUUUGCAGCUGAAGCAAUUCCCGAUGGACAAAACAACAUGCCUAUCGAAAUUCAGGUGACAGACCCGUUUGAAAAAAUAAUCUACACCAAGGACGACAUAUCACAGGGCAAGUUUGCAUUUACAACUGCAACUACGGGAGACUAUAUUGUCUGUUUCCAUAACAAAGGUGGACUUGAAUUCAUGACACAGAGGAGAGUAAGUCUUGUUUUGAAGCAUGGAAUAGAUGCUCGCGAUUAUUCACAAGUAAUGAAAGAAGAACAUUUGUCAGGAGUACAGGGUGCGUUGAGAGAAAUGGAAGAUCGACUGACAGAAAUACGACAACAAUUUGUUUCCGAGAGAAAACGAGAAGAGUAUCUGAGAGAUCUGACUGAAACAACAUGCUCAAGGGUAAUGUGGUUUGGAGUUUUCACUGUUCUGGUUUGUAUAGGCACAAGCAUGAUACAGUAUCACGAUCUUUUUCGUGUUCUAAAGAAAGGAAAAUAUCUUGAUUGAACACAUGAAAAGAUUUAAUACAGAAUCAUUUGAACACGA